UCAAACACAUCCCUCUCUAGAGAGACAGAGACAAAUCCUGCAAAUGAGAUGAGAAACUUGAGAACACUAUUCUAAAGUCAUGGAUAUCUUAGAUCUUUUCCCUCAGUCCUCCACUCCUGUCCACCUGGUGGGAGCUCUGGUGGUCCUGCUGCUCGUCUACCUCGUCUCCUCCUCAAUGUUCUGCUCAAAGGAAGACAGGAAUGAACCCCCGGGACCCAGACCACUUCCCCUGCUGGGUAAUCUGCUGCAGCUGGACCUCAAGAGGCCCUAUCACUCAUUUCUGGAGCUUUCCAAGAAAUAUGGGUCAGUGUUCACCAUUUACAUGGGACCCAAGAAAGUGGUGAUCCUGUUCGGAUACAAGACGGUGAAGGAGGCGCUUGUCAACCGCGCUGAAGAGUUCGGAGACAGAGAUCCAAUGCUUAUUUUGGAUGAAUUCAAUAAAGGAAAUGGUAUUAUUUGGGCCAAUGGGGAGUCAUGGAGAGAAAUGAGGCGCUUUGCCCUGAGCAACCUGAGAGACUUUGGCAUGGGCAGGAAGGCAUGUGAGGACAAAAUCGUCGAGGAAUGUGACCACCUCAUUGGAGCUUUUAAGAAAUUUAAAGGCGAAGCUGUUCAUACAGAACAACCAAUAUACUUUGCCAUCUCCAAUAUGAUCUGCUCCAUGGUCUACGGAAACAGAUUUGACUACAGUGAUCCAGUGUUUACAUCCCUGGUAUAUAACACAUCCAGACGCAGUCAGCUGAUGGGCACCCCUUCAGUACAGAUUUACAACCACUUCCCGUGGCUUUGCAAAUGGAUUGCUAACAGGAAGGAAUUCCACAAACUGGGAGCUGCCAGUCGGAAACAAAACUCAGAGCUUUUAAGCCAAUUAAAAAAGACCCUUAAUUCACAGAAGUGCAGAGGCUUUGUGGAUGCCUUUCUGAUCCAAAAGCAAAAUCUGGAGGAAUCUGGGAUUACCAACAGCCACUUCCAUGAUGAAAACCUUCUGCAGACUGUUAUGAAUCUGUUUGCUGCCGGCACUGAUACAACAACGAUUACAAUGAGGUGGGGACUUCUGCUUAUGGCCAAGUAUCCGAAGACACAAGACCAGGUCCAGGAGGAGCUGAGCAGGGUGAUAGGAAGUCGUCAAGUCCGGAUCGAGGACCGGAUCAGCCUGCCUUUCACCAACGCUGUCGUCCAUGAGACACAGAGACUGGCCAACAUUGCCCCCAUAUCGCUUCCUCACAAAACCUCCAAAGAUCUAAUCUUCCACGGUUACUCCAUUAAGAAGGGGACUGCAGUUUAUCCUGUCCUGUGGUCUGUUCUCUUUGAUGAGAGCGAAUGGGAGAAGCCUCACACUUUUUAUCCAGCCCACUUCCUGGACAAAGAUGGGAAGUUUGUCAAGCGAGAUGCCUUCAUGCCUUUUUCUGCAGGUCGCAGAGUUUGUCUGGGCGAGGGUCUGGCCAGGAUGGAGCUCUUCAUCUUCUUCGCCACCCUCAUGCAGCACUUUUGCUUCACUCCUCCACCAGGACUUUCAGAAGACGAACUGGAUUUGACUCCACUUGAGGGCUUAAGCCCCAGUCCCUUACCCCAAAAACUGUGUGCUGUGCCCCGUAUGUGAGGAGGAGGAGGAACUCUGUAUUUAGAGUAUUUGGAGUAUUUCAGCAGCUUAUUGACUGAGACACUAAACAAACAAUUAGUGAACCAUUUCACUGACUGCAUGGUAUGUAGACUUUGGAUCAGAUCACAUGGGUGUCCAUCCAGAAGGCAGCCAUCACAUUUCUUCUCUCUUGCGCCAUCAUGGCUCUCCCUCUUUUGUCAGGUUGGUUUAGCUGUCCUUCUCUUUGUUUAACACCAGUGAGCUCUUGACUUUCAUCCAUCCAUCCACUCACACAGCUGAUCUACUGACCAUUUCACACUAUGUUAAUACGUUAAUGUAUUUUGUUUCCUUUUAUGUAAAUGAUUGUUUGUACAGUUGUGUGCGUUUCCCUCCUUUUGAGCAUGAUCACAACCAUCCCAGUCUUUUUGCCCCUGAAAUGUGUUGCUUUCAUCAGAUACAGAAUUCAGAAUCAGCUUCUACACUACUCAAGUCACCGUAUCAGAUAAAUGUUGUUAAAGUUGUAACAGUAGAGUUAAUCAUCUCAUUCAAAAAUGUCCAACAAUGUAUGAAGAUUCAACUGACCGGUGAUGACAUAAUACUGGAUGAAGGGUGACAGAACAAACACUGUUUGAUUAAAACCUUUAUUGUCACUGAUAAUCUUUGUCCCCAGUUAGACAGCUUGUUUUGUGUUUGGUGAUUUUUUGUUGCAAGUUGUGCGAGCUACGUGUUCACCAGUAUACAUCUGAGAAACAAAAAUGUGAUCUGAAGCUAUUGUUCUGUUGUUCGUGCUACAAACACACUAAAAACACACGGAUAAUC